AUGAACACACUGUCAUCUGGCUUGGAGAGGUUGAUGUCGAGCCAUGCCCAUUCCGAUACCACCAUUGAUGUCGAAGGACGUUCAUUUAAAUGUCAUCGUGCUAUUUUAGCCGCCAUGUCGCCAUAUUUUGACGCCAUGUUUUCUUCGGGCAUGCGCGAAAGCAUCACAGGUGACGUAUCAAUUCAUGGGAUUUCGGCAGACAUCUUUGGAUCUAUUGUGAACUACAUUUAUUCCGGAUAUGACAUCGUGAACGAGGAAAAUGCCUUACAAGUUCUUCAUGCCUCGGCUCUGCUCCAAAUCGAAUGCCUCAUGAAACGAAGUGAGGAUUUCGUCUGCAGAAAAAUCACCGAUGCGAAUUGUGUGGAAGCAUACAGAAAAGCAAUGGUGCUGAAUUGUGCGCAACUGAAGCAAAAGUCGAAAGAAAGGAUUCUCUCCAAUUUUGUGUCACUGUGCGAAUCGUCAGAGUUUUACCAAAUGGACGCAGACGAAAUGGCGAUGGUGGUCAAGGAAGACAACCUUGAAUGUCCGAGUGAAGAGUAUGUCUGCGACCGAGUUGUGGAUUGGGUCGAAUAUGACCUGGAAAACCGCGAAAAAGAUUUGAAAAACAUUUUCACGCAUCUGCGUCUUUCUUUAGUAAAAUCGGAAUACAUCGUUGACGUGCUGGAAAAACGAGACUUUAUCAAAAAGAAUGCCGAUUGUGUUAAGAUCAUAGACGAAGCGAAGAACUUCCAGUUGCUUCCGUCCCGACGCCACGAUUUCAGUUCCGUUUACAAGUUGUACAGAAAAACCUCAACCAAGGAAGACGUUCUCGUGCUGAUUUCAGGGGGCGAAACUCCUAAACCACCAUACGUCCGAUCCAAGGACGUUCUUGCCUACAGUUCUCAGAAACAUGCGUGGUUUCAUUUGGCUCAACUUCCUUACGAUCCUGGCAUAGAAUUUGCCACUUGCGUCUACGACAACGAUAUAUUUGUGUCCGGUGGUGGCGCAAGGCCUAGGUGUUUCUUGCGAUACCGUGCAAAGAAGAACAAGUGGUCGCAACGCGGACCGGAACUGAAUUUUGGUCGUCGACGUCAUGCUAUGGUUGCUAUGGGCUCCAGGUUGUAUGUGGUUGGUGGAUUUAACAGCGAGAGACCGGAAGGAGAUAAAGUGUUGGAUGUGAUAGAAGAAUAUACUCUCGAGGACAAUGCAUGGCGGGAAGUGGCUAAGUUAGCAGUUCCAGUGAGCUCUGUGUCGGCUGCCGCUCUCAAGGACAAAAUUUUCAUAUUCGGUGGCGAAACAAAUACCAAAUCGGACACGAAUUCGAUACAGUGUUACGACACGAAUUUAAAAUGCACGACCAUAAUAGGUGAACUUCCGAUGACAUGCAAAUUAACUAGGUCGGUAGUGUGCGACGAUCAAAUAUACAUUGUAUUGUUUGACGGACAGAUUUUGCGAUUCUGCGAUGGCGAAAAUAGUGAACUGGUUUCUAGGAUACCAAAAUUCGAACGUGUUCACUUCGGUUUGCUUCAUUUACAAGGGUAUCUGUAUAUAAUGGGAGGGCAGUACGUUUCCGGUCCGGACUCCCGAGCGCUGUGCGACCUUAUUGGACGUUUCGACACUCGAACGAACACAUACUGCCAGUUAAGCGAAAGGUUACCCUCUGCAAGAUUGCUAGACAGUUGUGCUAAAAUUUCAGUUGAGAAGAAGUUUCUUAUUGAGGAGCAUCUCGAUGAAUAG